AGAAAAAUAUUCAGGGAAAUAUAUACAUUCUGGUGGACUGUUAGUUCUUAAAAGACUGACUGUAAUUAAAUUUGUUUAUUUGCCGACUUUUUGCAUAUCUGGAAUAGAGACGUUGAGAAAAUUAUGGGGAAAACCUUUGCAGGGAGUAAUAAAAAUACUAGCAGUAAACAAAGGAAUGGUGAUGUUCUUAAUUCUGCUAAUUUGAGUUCUUGGGAGAAAAGAUUAAACUCUAGGUUAAAUAAUGAUCAGGAUAAAAGAAAUAAACGAGAAAAAGGUUAUUUUUCAUCAGGCAAGUGGGACAGAAAUAAGGAAAUUAAGACGAAACAUGAAAAAUGUGAGCAUGGUAGUUGCCAUAGGUUUAUAAAUAAUAAUUCUUAUGAAGUUUGGUGUAUUUGUAGACUCGUGAAGCCCUGUGAACAGUGUGAGGAAAAUUCUGCUGACGCUGAAAGAGACAAAACACCAACACCAGGUGAUACAGGAGAUUUUGACGAUUCAGACGCAUCAACUGCUACUCCAAAAUCGUCAACAAAAGAUAUUGGUGAAGAUUCAGCAGACGGACAUGUAGACAUUCGUAACAGCGAGGCUAAAAUCUACAAAACUGCCAAUGGUGUGAAAGAGGAAAGAAAAUUUACGAGCAGUGCCAAAUCUGAUGUAAAAUUCUCCAGAAAUAAUUGUGCACUUGGAGAACGGGAGAUCAGUGAAAUUAAUGAAACAGCUGGUAUAAACCUGCAGGAGCUGUUUUCGAAAUUAGAUGAAUUAAACAACAAGGAAGAAGCGAAUGGAUUUGAAUACAAACAGGGAUUACAUAUAGCAGAUACACCACCUGGGUCUCCAACUUCAAGCAUGGAUUCAGCUUCAACAUGCUCCUUUGACCAUUUUGACUUUGAUACCAGUUUUUGCUCCCUGAAAAGUACAGAUACAAUGGAACCUGGGGACCUUGCUGAUCAGUUAUCUUUGGUACAACAGAUGGUUAUGGAGAUGAAGACAGGCUUCGCGCAUGCCAUGGAAGAACUGUCCAAGAUACAGUACGGCGACCAGACACUACAACAACAACUAAUUGACAGCAAGAAACACUGCAGUGAGGAGAUUGUGGAGAUGAAACAAGUCGUAGAAGAACUCAAAACUGAAGUUCAGAAACUGAGUGGCCGUCUGGAGGAGGUAUCAGAUACACAGAGAAGCUUGCAGGAGAAACUAGAUACCUACCAAUCAGAUAAAGACAUGCUUCUAGAGGAGCUAGAGCAAUGUGGAGCUAUAAAUGACCAGAUCAGACUGAGACUUUCUGGUGGUUCACUGAAGGAAAACAACAAUGUCAUUCCACCUGAUGUAGCUCCAAUGGUUCACCCUUACCUGAACAGCUUACAGAAUCAUCACAGAGGUGGGGAUGGUUAUAACUCGGACUCCUCCCUGACGGCUGCUGUAUCAAGGAGUUUGAACCUGACACAAGCGUUAGGAGAGAAAUGUCUCAACCUUGACAUUUCUACAGCAUCUAGUGAUGAUGAAGACAACAGCAGACAUUCUAGGAGUGACAGUGGACAUCGUGCAAUGAAAAGACACAGCAGUUUUCAAUAUGAAGAAACUAACAGACACAGUCAAAAAGUGCCACCACAUCAGCAGGUUCUCGGCGAAGUUCACAGAGAAGAAGCUGCUAGAGAUAUAGCAGAUGUAGAACGAGAGUACUGUUCACAGUUAUGGGCCUUGUUAGAGGAUUACAUGAACCCGCUGCGGGAUAGCGAGAUCCUCGGGCGUAGAGAAUUACACCUGCUCUUCCCAUCUUACAUUCCACACAUAUACGAGCAGCAUUGUAUCAUACUGAGAAAGAUAGAAGAACGAAUGAAGAAAUGGAAGAAUACCGGUGUUAUCGGAGACAUAUUUGCCAAGUUCACAGAAUCCCAAGAUGGAGAUGGUUUGUUGCUGUACAAAGAUUUCAUCAAUGACUUUCCAACCAUCAUCAACUCCAUGAAUAAAUGGUUCACUCAUUCCCCACACUUCAGAGAACUUAUGCAGAGUCAAUGUUUGGCCAAUGCACCAGUGUUACCUCUGUUGUUAGCACCCUUACAACAAGUACCAAAAUAUUCUAUACUGUUAAAGACAUUACUGAAGCACACGCCAGCAGACCACCCAGACAGGUAUUACCUGGAAUCAUCUCUGACCCGACUUAAACAGUUCCUGAACAGUAUGAAUGAUGACCUUGAACAUGCCAUGCAAGCUAUAAACAUCAGUAGUCAACUGGUUAACAGAUCCCGGGACACGGGUCACUCUGCAAGGUCAAAGUCAAGUGCUAGUAGCGGAGAAGCGAACCAUAUCUCGCGAGAUUCAGGUGUUCACUCUAAUGAAGAAGAGCGAGCAAAAUCUCCAAUGUCUCCAAACACAACACGCAGAUAUUUGCUGCAAGUUUUACGAGAGAAAAGGGAACAAGGAAUCCAUGGACAUGCAAGACAUGAUGGUCAUCCUUCUACACCUCGAGGUCGUAAGCAGUCUGGUUAUGGUAGUCAUCCAGAUCUAUCCCAUCAGCCACCAGGUGUCCAAGAUGGCCGAAUGUCACCGUAUCUUAACUCUCUACCUCAGUCUAAGAUGUUCUCUUCCCUCUCAAAGCUUCCAUUGCCAAGGGAAAACAGCAAUAGCAGACGGUCAAGGUCACAUAAAACACCAGAUGGUCACCGACCAGUAAUAAACCGUAACUAUCUCCGACCUUUAACCCCACAAGUUCUUCCACAGUCAACAAGUGCUCAUAACUUUGAAAGUGCUAAGCGUCGGGAGGAGUAUGCAGAAAAAAUGAGACAGAGACCUGCGUCUGCUAUGGAAUUUUCUUAUGGGUCACAUGAUCAACAAGAUGAAUUUUUGGAAUUAUUAGCUCAUCAGGCCAGUCUGGCCAUAUCACCUCCACAUUCCAGUUCCAGUGACAGAUCUAGACAAGAAUUACAGUUGUCUCUGCAAAAGUUACUAGCAGAAACAGGCAAUUCAGGGGAACAGUACCUUGAUCAUGGUGCAGCAGACGGUCAUGUUUCCUAUCACAAACAAUUCAUGACAGCGAAAGACAGAAUUCUAAGACAUAAUAUACAGGCUGAAAUGUAUGAGGACACUAAUCAGGAUGAGGAAAAUGCACAAGAAGACUAUGGAAUUUAUGGUGAUGAUGAUGACGAUGAUGAUUACGAAAAUGAUGCUGAUUUUGAUCAUGAUGUUAAGCCCAUGAAGCUUUUGCAAGAUUCUCAUAGACCAAAAAUAAUGGUUCCAAAGUGGCGGCAGAAUGCUUCCCCACAACCUCCGAGUUAUACACGCAGUGUUACUCAUAUCAGCAAACAGCAGACUGGUUCUACAUCUGAGGAAAACUUGGCAGCUUCCUUAGCUCAAAGUUUAUUUGAUGAUAAAAAACAGAGUACCCUUCCAAGAGACAAAAAAUCCAGAACUAAUCCAAAAAAUAUAAAGGAUAAUGCAGCAGACAAAGUGCAAACUAAUGGAAGUCUUAAAAGGAAAGUUCCCAGAGCAGAGUCCCCUAGAAAAUCACCGGCCCGACAGAGUCCAAUUCCAACAGUUGCACAAAGUCUUCCACAUGGAAAAUCAAUGUCUUUUGAUGCUUCACCAAACAGACCAAGUAAUUUAAAUUUAUCUAACACUAACACUCAAGGAAAAACAGGUGUUAGUCAGGGAGGUGUUGUCUCAACCCAAGUCAUUGCACCACAAAGUCCUGCAAGUCCCGAACCAUCUGCUAUGGCAAGACCAAAUUCAUUCACAAAAUUGACUGAUGUAAUAGCUUAUACAGCUGAUUGUCUGGAAAAAGGUGAUACUCAAACUGCUGAAGCAGGAGACAAUAAUUCUGUUAGUAAAGUAAAAUCUGAAAAUGAAACUGAAGGUGUAAAUUCAGGAAAAUUAACAAAAUUGGAUAUUCUAGCAGAUGAGAAUAUGAAAGUGUCGUCUGUUGAUAACUCUGUUACAUCUGCCAGUCAGAAUGGUAAAAAAGCCAGUAAUGAAAGCCAAACAAACUCAAAACUCUCAUUUGCUACUUCACCAGUUGAGCCAAGGGAGAGCACAAGUCCAGUAAAUACUGACAAUGUUGUAUACUAUUUCCAAAACCGCAAUAAAAUUAAUCAGGGUAAUACAGCUGACACAUCCAAUGCCACAAAAUCACGUCUUCCAACUUUUGCCAGUAUGGAAAAAACCUCCACUCCUGUUAAGGAACAAAAACAUUUUCAACCAGUCACAAGUGUGUCUCCAACAACUGAUACAUUCAGUAGUUUCACUGGUACUAAAAAAGAAAGCGGAAGAUUUGUUCGCGGAGAUGAAGUUAAUAGUGAAAAUAAAGUGAAUGAGAAGAAUAAAAAUACAUCUGAAACUGAUGACAAUGAUGUGAAAGAUGAUUCAGAAGGAGCUACAAAGGAAAGAGUGUUAAGAGCUGUGGAUAAACUGAGAUUAAGUUUUGAACGCAAGAAACAAAUAAGUGAAGAAAGAAGACAGUUAAGAACUGAAGUGUCUUCACCUACAAAUGCAAGCAUACAAAAACAGUUUAAUGAAAUAAAUGUUGUAGCAAAGAAAGGCGAAACAAAACCAGUAGUUCUCAGAACAUUUUCCUCCCCAACAAACCAAGUUGUUGUCAAUUCUCCUGUAGAUUCUAAUGAACCAGUGCUAAAUGGUGAACCAGUUGAACAAAAGCAAGGUUUGUAUCGAAAAGCAGGCUCCUCAAAAACACCAUCCAAGUUUCAGUCGGAUUCGUCUGCUUCAGCUAGACAAAUACAGAAACUUGAGAGGGCAACAAGUCCAACAGCAAGAUCUACAAGCCCAACUAUGAGCCCUUAUGAAAAAUUUAAAAGCCAGGUGGAAAAUUCUAAUUUAGCGAAACCUGCAAGAAGAGGAACGAGUCCCCAGAGGAAUUCUGCAGAGGUGUCAUUAAUACCUAAAAGGUCCAAAAGUCCUACAAGAGCCUCUGUGGAGAGAGAGCGGCCUAAAUCAACAAAUGACCUUGGUGCUGCUUUAGCAGCAGAGAGUGAUGGCUCUAGCACACCAAUGAAAAGUGCUAUGAAGGAAACAAAAAUACCAGUACUGAAAAAGUCGGGUGCAGCAUUAUCUAAAUCAUCAGAAGAUGUAUCAAAGAUUAAAAAGAAGUCACAUUUCAAAGACCAAUUAAAGAAUAUUUUUGGAAGGAAAAAGAAGAAAUCGAAAUUGUAUAGUUACAAUGGUUACGACCCUGAUGAGGAAUACAAUAACCAUGUUACCAUAGAAACGGAAGCCUCGUUCCAACUGACCAAUGACGUGAUGAUGUUUCCUCUAACGAAAGAGCGCCGGUCCAACUCCACUUCUCAGAUACUGCAGAGUUACCAGUUCGAAGACGACGAUGACGAUGAUGAAGACCCAAUUAGUGAAGUGUGAAAAAUAAACCUUUAGUGCAGUGUGCAGAUUAUGAUAGCAGAGUAAAAAAUUUGAAAUUGUUGUUACAGAGAUGUAGUCUGCCAUUGUGGUGUAAAAUGCAAAAAUUAGCAUUAUUAAAAUGCCAGUACAAUUUAAAUUGUUCAAAUUUUAAGUGCAGUAAAGAUUAGGAAAUCACAGGUGGAGUGUAAAAUGAAGAAAAUAUUAUGAAAAUGCCAGUACAGUGUAAAUUUCUAACAUUGUUUGUGCGUUAAAAAUGAGAAAAACUGCCAGUUCAGUGUAAAAAGCCAAAAUUGUUUUUGUAAAGAUUAUGAGAAAUUCCCAUACAAUGUAAAUUUCUGAAAUUGUUUGUGCGUUGCAAGGAAAACUGUCAGUAUAAAGAUAAAUGUUAAUGAUAAAAUUCUGAAAGAAAUAUGAAAAUAAUUGUUUGUUUAUGAUAGCAUUGUCUUUUCUGUGUGAAAUGACAACAUGUAGAAGUUCCGAAACAGUGAAAGUGAUGACGAUGAAACAAAAAACAAGAGCACCAGAAAUUAGGCAUUAUACCAUUUAAGUUUAACUUAACACAUUUAUCAUUUUAUAAGAAAAUGCUGAUCUUUCUCUGUCACUAAAUACAUAAGUAUAUUUUUUCAUUUUUUUUUUUCAUCAUAAUAACUUAUUAUCUUGGAAAUUCCAUUUAUUUCGACUGUUGAAACUAUACUGAUUUUCCUGUGUCAUGUAUUGACUUAGUAAUAGCAUUUCAGAAAAUAAAUAUUUAUAACAUUUCUAAAGCCUUAUAGUUUGACCAGUAGCCUUAAUAUAAUUUCAUCGGACUGCUUUACAUACUAGGUUCAGUC